AGAAAGAGCACACUGACGCACAAACAAGCGUCACUUGCCCUUACAACUGCUAGAAGCUCUGGCGGCUAACUUUCCUCCUACGAAACACAGAUCACUGCCCUUUGUUUUUGAAUUCAAGACAGAGAAAAAUUAUAUCAAUAACUGCCCGUACCCAGAGAGGAAGAAGAAGAAGAGACGAGAGAAAUGGUGCUAUGGGAGAUCACAUUGGCAACUGCAUACUUUUUGGGUCUCAAACGGACUUAUAGACUCGCUUUGAGGAUUCAACGUAGGCUUGUAUCUCCUAGACGUCCUAAGAUCCGCCAAUUUCUUCACAGACGAACUCGCACAGUUUUUGAUGCUGCACUCAAGGUUCACCAGAAUAUACAAAAGAGAGACAUAGAAGUAGGCCGGAAUCUUGGUAACUGGAUUCUACGAUGGCUGGACCGGAUGAAACCUUCUGCUCAGAUCCGUUCUCCCUCACCAAUGAAACCCUCAAAUGGUGCUAACUCAAACGUGAACAUGAAAAGGCAGGCGACAGGCCCUGGGAGCAUUCAGGCAUCCAGAAACCAGGAUUCUAGCAGGCAUCUGUUCACCGCGUCAAGAAAUACAUGGACUAAAACAUUGCCUACAAUUUCAAUGAUGAUGCGACCACCAAGGCCCACUGGGACGGUUACCCAGUACAGACACUUGUGUAUCAGGGGUCCUGAAAUGGCAAGUGCAAACUACAUUGGUGGAGUAAGGGGUUUUGAAGGAGUAGUUAGGAUGGAUAUAAUGCAGUACUUGCUGCAGAAGUGACACUGGAAGAUAGGCUUUGGUUUCACGUAAACGCCUUAUGGUUAAAAACGUGUCAUUUGGUUGAAAUCUUUUCUUUUUCUUCUCAUUUUCAAAUAAUAAUUUAGUUUUCUUACUUGGGUGAUUUAUGUAUAUUCUUUUUGCUUUAGUUCUUGAACCUUUUCUCAUAGUGAAUAAGAGAUGUUUCUCCAUAGGAAACCAAUG